UAAUGUAUUCAGCACACCAUGCAUUCUCCUUGGGAAACCAUUAUAGGCUUAUAGCUGCAAGUUAUUAGUAGAUAGAUAUAUAUAGAGACAUGAGAGACAACACUUGAUAAACAGAACACGCUCUAUCCGACAACAACAGACAAAAGCAUUUAAUUAGUACCCUAAAUCCCCAACAUCCUUCCACACCUUGUUUUUUUCUUAAUUUUCACACCCCCCUCCAACCCCUUAUAGAACCACCCUUUCCUUUUCAUCACAAACACAAAAAAGUUUUCAUUUUUCUUAUACCCUUUUGCAUACUUCGUUGUGUUCUGCUAUUACAAUACACAAUAGUAUGAAUCAAGAAAAACUCAUGCAUUAUCAAGUGGAUCCAUGGAAUUACUACAUGAUGAGAGUAAGAAGAAGAAGAAUGGAAGAAGAAGAUGAAAUGGAGAGAGUGAUGAGAAUAGUUUCAGAAAGUGCAGUUGUGAUAUUCAGCAGUAGUAGCUGUUGUAUGUGUCAUGCAAUGAAGAGUCUUUUUUGUGGAAUGGGAGUGAAUACAAUGGUUCAUGAACUUGAUCAAGAUUCUAAAGGGAAACAAAUGGAAAAAACAUUGAUGAGGUUACUUGCUACUAACUCAACUACACUUCCUGUUGUUUUCAUUGGUGGCAAAUUAGUUGGUUCUAUGGAUACACUUUUGGCUUUUCAUGUCAAUGGUUCUCUUGUUCCACUUCUCAAACAAGCUGGUGCUCUAUGGCUUUAAUUAGAUUAUUAUGAAUUUAUGAUCCUAUUAUAAAUUAGAGAAUAAGAACAAGCUAUAAAUUCUAACCAGAGUUUGUUCUGUUUUAGGGAACUGACAAUUAUGCAAUGUG